AUGUCGUGGUUCCGCAUGCCAGAGGCUGGAGGCGGACCCGACGCAUCUUCGAGCUCCAACCGCUUCGGGAGGGUCUUGUCGGACCUUGCAAGUGCAGGGCGCGAGGUUCGACGAGUCGCCCAAGAGACACGAGAUGCGAUGGUUCUUCUCCGUCACACAGCCAAGCACGGCGAACAGGCUAGUGCUGGCUACUUCACGGAGGUCGUCUCAGAUGGAUCAACUGUGCAGGUUGAGGUGCUUGCAGCUGCGGAUUUGUCAAUGGGCUCCAAGUCGCUUCCAGUGCCUUACUGUGCACUUGCAACCGGAUAUCGAGGGCAGCCUUGGGCGGCCAAAGCUUCCGAGAAGCCGGAGUGCAAUACACAGCCUGCACUUCGCCAAAGGCAUCCUCGUUGGAACGCUCUUUGCAAGCUGCAGCUGCCCAAGGCCUACGUCUCGCCUUCUCGCGUGGACUUCUGCAAAGACGCCUCUGCAAACCCGGCCCCAGAGAUCGAGCUCUCCGUUCGAGUCAUGGACGCGGGCGGCCUGAGGGGUGAUAGAAUGGCCGGAGAAGCGCGGAUACCUCUGAGCCAAGCACGCGGCGCCGGGACGUUCCGGCUUUUGGGUGGGGGCUACGCCAGCCUCUCCGUUCGCUGGUCCGAGGUUCGUGGUUUCGCCUCGGAGCCGUCGGAGUCGGAGCCCUCCGACUUUGCAGAGUUCGAAGAGGCGUUGUGCUUUUGGUCCAGGCAGGACUUGGCGACUCCGGCGGGAGUCCAAAGGGCGAAGAGAGACCUCCAGACAAAGCUAGCGGCCGCGGACCGGAACCUCGUGAAUGAGCUGCUCCUGCAGACGCCUUUGUCUUUGGUCCUGUCUGACGACGAGGCAUCUUCCUUCUCAGGCAGCCAGUCACUACUCCGUGUUCUAUCUGAGCAUCUUCAGUCGCAGAGCCUCUCACCGUUGGCCAGCAGCCGUCUGAUAGGUGCUCUGGUGGAGAAGCUCUCGGUGCCUCGCUCCGGUAUCGGUCCCAGCCAGGAGGUCUCGGAUGUCGAGUUCGCAGAGCAGCUCGCGGUGCAAGAGGCGGUCCUGUGCAAACUCAUCCUCCGCAGCGAAAGCAAGGAGCUCCUGGAGCUGAAACGUCUAGUCGAUGCUGCUGGUGGCGGUCGCGAUCUCCGUCACCUCAUCUACUCGAUCAUUUCUGAUCAGGUCAGACGAGAGUCGUUGCUUCAGCACUUUGUGGACCAAGCUGGGGAGCUGCAGCCGCAUCAGCUGCCGGUGCACAUUCUGUCUGACAUUGACAUGACGGUCUGGGUUGGGACCUUCGGAGCAGGUGGACCGAAGUUUCCGGCGGGUCCCGUCCCCGGCGCUCUUCCGCUCUUCACCGCUUUGGGUGGCCGCGUGACGUUCCUCUCGGCAAGACCACCGAUUUGGGAGGGCCAGACGAGGCGGCUUCUGGUCGAUGACAUUGGCAUCGCAGAGGCGGUUGUGCUGCCCGGAUCUUUGAAGGCCGUCGCCCAGGUUCUCUUCGCGCCGGAACAAGCUCGACAAGCGAUGGCAGAGCGCAAGACGGAGGUUUUCGGGCAAUUCGCAACUUUACAUCCUGAAGCUCGCUUUGUCUUCAUCGGGGACAGUGGUGAAGGGGACGUGGACUUUGCGGAGGAGUUUAUGGGCCAGGCUGGUGGACCUGCGCGACGAGCAGCGCUGAUUCACGACGUGGUUAGGUCCGAUGGUGUGGUGCCCAAGAGCUCCCAGCAGCGCCGGGCGGACCUCCGACUGCGCGGCAUUCGCGUCUUCGACACAUAUGCAGGUGCUGCCCUGGAGCUGUUUCAGCAAGGGCUCCUCGACAUGGAGGGUCUUCGGUGUGCCACCCAUGGAUGCCUGGAGGAGUUUGCCGAGAUCAAUCCAGAUGAGUUCGCUUCUGUGGAGGUGUUUGAGACGCGUCGCAUGGAGCUGCUGCGCGACGUUCGAGAGGUGAAUGCUGCCCUACGUGCAGCCGAUGAGGGGGUGCAAGGAGGCGCUGUGGAGCCUGCGGAGCCUUCCAUGCCUUCCCAGCGCACGGCGCUGGACACCGACACUUCGCAGCCUUCGCAGACUUCCAGUCCGACAAGGGGUCCAACGAGUCCAACGAGUCCGACGGGUCCGACGGUCGAGGCCCAGGCCGCACGAGCCGAAGAUCCCGAGGACCACGUCACCGAGCCCGUGCUGCUAGUGCUAACUUUCGCGCUCUCGUCCUGA